AUGGCAGACCUUGUGAUGGGGGCGAUGAGCUGCCUCGUCCCCAAGCUCGGCGAGCUGCUGAAGGCGGAGUACAACCUGCAGGCCGGCGUGAAGGAGCAGGUCAGGUCCCUCUACCUCGAGCUCGAGGGUGCUCAAGCCGCGCUCCGCAAGGUGGGCCAGGUGCCGUGGGACCAGCUCGACGAGCAGGUCAAGCUCUGGUCACGCGACAUCAGGGAGGCGUCCUACGACAUGGACGACAUCCUUGACACCUUCCUUGUGCGUGUCCGGGGCUGUGAUUCUACCGGGGAGAAGGGCUUCCUCAAACGCCAAGUGCAGAAAAUGUCCAAGUUGCUCACAAAGAGCAAGGCACGCCGCGAGAUCAGCGUCGCCAUCCAUCACAUCAUGAGACAUGUCCAGGAGGUGACGGCACGGCGUGGAAGGUUCAAGGUCGACGAUAUUGCGGCCAGGCCAGCCACUGCAUCGACCGUUGAUCCUCGUCUUGCGGCCAUGUACACACAAGUGAACAAGCUUGUUGGGAUCGACAAUUCAAGCAGUGGGCUCAUGUCCAUGCUGCGGGACGAUGUGUCCAAUUGCAAGAUGAAGACAGUAUCCGUUUUUGGACCUGGUGGGUUAGGCAAGACCACUCUUGCAAGGGCUGUCUAUGACAAGCUUAUAGGCGAUUAUGAUUGCGGGGCUUUUGUUUCUGUUGGCCGUACGCCUGACUUGAAGAAAGUUAUCCAGGGGAUUCUUAUCAAACUUAACAAGCAAAGAUACAUGCAUUUCAAUUUUGCACUGUUGCAUGAAAUAAGUCAAUUCAUCGAUGAACUACGAGAGUUCUUGCUUGAACACAAGAGGUACGCAUCAGCACUCUGUUUUGAAAUUUUCAAUUUGUAG